UACUUCGUCCCUCAUCCCCCUAUAUCCUUCGACUACCAUGACGGGUGCCAUCGGACUUCGCGGCGAACGCAUGGAACUGAGUCACAUUAUGGGCAGCACGGAAGGGAUUACCCGCCGCACAAAGAUCGUCUGCACCAUCGGGCCUUCCUGUUGGUCCGUGGAAAAGCUCACGGAGCUCAUCGAUGCCGGCAUGAACGUUGCACGUCUCAACUUUUCCCACGGUGACCACAAGGGUCACGGAGAAUCCCUCACCCGCCUCCGCGCUGCCAUCGCGUCGCGACCCCACAAGCAAGUCGCGGUGAUGCUCGACACGAAAGGCCCGGAAAUCCGCACCGGAUUCCUCAGCUCUCCCGACAAGAAGAUUACUAUUCUCAAGGACAGCAUCGUCGAACUCACGACGGACUACGACUUCCUCGGCGACGAAACGAAGCUCGCUGUGUCGUACGAAGACCUCCCCACGUCCGUGAAGGUCGGAAGUCCCAUCCUCGUCGCCGACGGGUCGUUGGUGCUCACCGUGACCGAAGUCCGUGAGACGUCCGUGUUGGCCAAGGCGGCAAACACCGCUGUGUUGGGGGAACGCAAGAACAUGAACCUUCCUGGGGCGAAGGUAUCCUUGCCGACGAUGACGGACCGCGACGAGGACGACAUUGUCAACUUCGGGUUGGUCCAAGGCGUGGACUUUAUCGCGGCGUCGUUCGUCCGAUGCGGCCAAGACAUUGACAACAUCCGCGCGGUGUUGGGUCCCCGCGGCCGCGCCAUCAAGAUCAUCGCCAAGAUCGAAAACCAGGAAGGGUUGGAAAACUACGACGAAAUCCUCGCCAAGACGGACUCCAUCAUGGUCGCGCGCGGGGACUUGGGCAUGGAAAUCCCGCCCGAGAAGGUGUUUUUGGCGCAAAAGAUGAUGAUCCGCAAGGCCAACAUCGCCGGCAAGCCCGUGAUCACCGCCACGCAAAUGCUCGAGAGCAUGAUCCACAACCCGCGGCCCACGCGCGCCGAGUGCACGGACGUAGCCAACGCCGUGCUGGACGGCACGGACUGCGUCAUGCUCAGCGGCGAAACCGCCAACGGCGACUACCCCGUGGACGCCGUGGAAAUGAUGUCCAAGAUCUGCAUCCAAGCCGAAGGUGCGAUCCACUACGACGAACUGUACCAAGCGCUGCGCAAUUCGGUGCUGGAAAACGUCGGGGCCAUGAGCACGCAAGAAGCGAUCGCGUCGUCGGCGGUCAAGACUGCCAUCGACAUGGGUGCCAAGAUGAUCGUCGUGCUCACAGAAACCGGCACCACGGCGCGACUGAUUGCCAAGUACCGACCGGCGCAACCGAUCCUGGUGCUCACGGCGCUCGGGGAGACCGCGCGGCAGUCGGAAGGGUUCCUCAAAGGCACGUACGCCCGCGUGAUGGGCUCCAUGAUCGGCACGGACUCGAUUCUGUACCGAGCGGCGGACAUCGGCAAGCAGCUGGGCUGGAUCAAGCGCGGCGACGCCGUGGUCGCGAUCCACGGCAUGCAAGAAGCACGUGCUGGGUCGACCAACAUGCUCAAGGUGUUGGUCGUCGACUAAAAAGUGAAACAAUAUAAUUCGUAUAUCCAAACAACAUA